AUGAGUGAUAGCCAGAACCCUCCAGUGGAGACUGCAAGUGUCAAAGACGACACUACCUCGAAGACACCCAGUAUGGCCGAUAUGCCGCCUAUUGCGGGCACUCCAGACAACGGCAGCGAUUUCUACAACACACCUUUGACAGGAGGAACCCCGGUUCCGAAUACCAGCAACACGGCACCUGAGAGUCAAAUGAAGCAGGAGGAACCUGAAUCAAAGCCUCAAGCAACCCUUCCCGGAUUGAACCUCGCCGAAAAUCCCCAACAGGAGCCUGGCACGAUGCUCACCAAGGAAGAGCCCGCUGCCAAUGAUGAUACCAUGGAGGUUGAGCAGACAGAUAAAAAAUUAAAGGAGGAGGAUACGAAAGAGGAGGAGCACCCAGAGUGGGAGGUCGACUCUUCGCCAUACGAGUCAUCUUCUGACAGCUCCGACUCCUCGGACUCCGAUGAUAGCGACGACGAAGAUUAUCCUAUUCUGACUGCCGAAGAGCAGGCGCGCAUUCUCAUGCAGGCUGAGGCUGGGGAAGAUGAUGACGGAGACAAGGGAAAGUCUGGUGGACAACUUCGGACCGCCAACGAGAUUGAGCAGGAGGUUCUACCAAUCCCCGAUGUUAAGAUCACACCCGAGACAAAGAUCGUGUUCCUCGGCAAGGUUCAAGCUGCCAUCGACAAUGCUGUCCUUAUUGAAGCCAACACCUCUGGAGAAUACCAAGUCCUCGAAUCGGGCUCCUUGCUCUGCUCUGCUGAGCGCAACGUUGUUGGUGUUGUGACGGAAACACUAGGCAGAGUUGAGAACCCAAUGUACACAGUCAUGUACCCUACUGCAUCCGAAGUCCAGGAGAGGGGCUUGGUCAAGGGUAUCGAUAUCUAUUACGUGGAAGAACACUCUACUUUCAUUUUCACUCAGCCACUGAAGGGUAUGAAGGGAAGUGACGCCUCGAACUUCCACGAUGAGGAGGUUGGUGAUGAAGAGAUGGAGUUCUCUGACGACGAAGCGGAGAUGGAAUACAAACGGAAGAUCAAGCAGAAGCGUCAGGAGCGCAAGGAAGCCCGAGACGGUCCCCGCGCAAAGAAGAAUGCACCAGGCCCUUCGAAAUUGAACCAAACUGAGCUUAACUACGACGAUGCUGCAGGCGAGGAGGGAUACACCCCUCUUGCACGUCCCACAAACCUUCACGAGAUGAUGGGUGCUCGCGAAGCCCCAGUCGAAGGCACUGAGCGCGGCGGUUUCCGUGGUGGACGAGGCCGUGGACGUGGUGACCGCGGUCGUGGAGCACGCGGUAGAGGCGGAGCUGGUCGCGGAGGAAGGGAGAUGGAGGACCGUCGUCCUCACCAGCAGGACAGCUCAAGCUACGAGUCCCAGCCUCAACCCCAACCCCAGACUCAGCCCACACCCUAUGGUCAGCCCAUGUACCAGCAGCCUCAGGCUAGCUAUGGGAUGCCUCAGAUGCCCCAGAUGCCCCAGCAUUAUGCCGCAUAUGCACAAUUUGCCCAGCAGCAAGCCCAGAACCCACAAUUCGCACAACAGCAGCAGCCCCAAUUCGGACAGGGUGGAGCACCGGCUCAGUUCCCCUUCCAGUUCCCCUUCCAGCAGGGUUACCAAAUGCCUGGUAACUUCCAGGGUGCCCAUAUCAACCCUGCUUUCCUGGCUGCUCUGCAACAACAGCAACAGUUCCAGCAGCAGCAGCAGCAGCAAUACCAACAACCUCAACAGCCCCAACAACAGCAACAGCAAUUCCAGCAGCCUCAGCAGCAGCAGUAUCCCCAGCAACAGGCCCAACCCCCUGCUAUGAACUUUGACCAGGUCAAAGCUCAGCUGGAUCUGCUGCGGAACCUCAACAACGGAAACCAGGGUCACCAGGGUCCUCCUUCCUGA